GUGGAGUGCGGGCCUGGCGGCGCGCUGUCAGUCCCUGCGGCUCGGAGCAGGCGCGCUCGCGGGACUCCUCGGGGCAGCACGGACGGCCCCGGGCUCCUCGGGCUCCGCGGUCAGGAGGGCACCAUGGACGACAGGGAGCUAAUUGGGUACUUUAAGUCUCAGAUGAAAGAAGAUCCUGACAUGGCCUCAGCCGUGGCUGCCAUACGGACGUUGCUGGAGUUCCUGAAGCGAGAUAAAGGGGAGACGAUGCAGGGCCUGAGGGCAAACCUCACCAGAGCCAUCGAGACCCUGUGCGGCGUGGACUCCUCGGUGGCCGUGUCCUCGGGCGGGGAGCUCUUCCUGCGCUUCAUCAGCCUCACCUCCCUGGAGCACUCUGACUUCUCCAAAUGUAAAGAGAUCAUGAUCGAGCGGGGAGAGCUUUUCCUCAGGAGAACGUCGCUGUCGAGAAGCAAGAUCGCGGAUCUGUGCCAUACUUUCAUCAAGGACGGGGCGAAAAUACUGACUCACGCCUCCUCCAGAGUGGUGCUGAGGGUCCUGCAGGCGGCAGUGGUGGCCAAGAAGCGCUUCAGUGUGUAUGUCACCGAGUCCCAGCCGGACCUAUCCGGUAAGAAAAUGGCCAAAGCUCUCUGCCGGCUUAAUGUUCCUGUCACCGUGGUCCUGGAUGCCGCUAUCGGCUACAUCAUGGAGAAAGUGGAUCUCGUCAUAGUCGGUGCCGAAGGAGUUGUGGAAAACGGAGGGAUCAUUAACAAGAUUGGAACCAACCAGAUGGCCGUGUGCGCCAAAGCGCAGAACAAGCCGUUUUACGUGGUCGCGGAAAGUUUCAAGUUUGUGCGGCUCUUCCCGCUAAACCAGCAGGACGUCCCGGAUAAGUUUAAGUACAAGGCAGCCACUCUGCUGUCGGCGCAGACGGGACAGGAUCUCCGAGAGGAGCACCCGUGGGUGGACUACACCUCCCCCUCCUUGAUCACGCUGCUGUUUACGGACCUGGGGGUGCUGACGCCCUCUGCAGUCAGCGACGAGCUCAUCAAGCUGUACCUGUGACCAGGGACCCUGCACUGCCCCGUGUGGGAGAAGCCACUGGGCAGGGGGAGGAGCCUCCGGACCCCUCGCUGAGCCGGGCCAAGACGAGAUUGUUUUUUUUAAUGAAGAUUUGUGGACUAAGGACUUAAAAUCAUAGGUUUUGGUGAACUUUGUUUUCAUUUCAGUCCCAUUUAAACAUGUUCAGGGUUCCCCUAAAACUCAACCUAAGUUGUACUGACAGCUUCCAGAUACUUUUUCAUUUCCUGUUUCCAGAAAUACACAUUAAAUUGUUGGCUACUUAGCCAGUGAGAGCUGAGCCCGAGUCCCCUCCCGGCACCCUCCGCCGCCCACAGGCCGAUCUGCCAAAGGCAGCCACCGAGGAGACGCCGCCUGACCACACAGGCGCUCUCCCUGCGGGAACUAACAGCCGCCCCGGCCACGCAACACUCGUGGUGCCGUGUAAGGCAGGCGGUGCACUCCUGCGCAGCCGGCAUCGGGCACCCGGGAUCAAGCCCAGCAGAGGGAGGCGGGACAGCCGUCAGCAGGCGUCUGCCACACGGCCCCCCAAAACGAGACGCCAGCCAGAACGUUUGUGCAGUUCCGUGUCUCUGAAAGAUGUGGACCUGACACGGCUGGGACCUGAGCACCUUGGGAACGCCGUGUCUGGGAGCGAGCGCAGCACCUUUCCGAGUGAACGGCACGAGAGACUUCGCUGCGGGGUUGCGCUGUGCUGCGUGCUGCCCCAGGCCCUCCUCGGUGAGGCCCUGCAGCUGCGCCCACCCACUCCCGGCUCCGUGGGCCGGAAGGAAGCACACUUCGUUCGACAGGAGGCGUCACGGUGCUCUGUGCCGGGUCCUGACGCGCUCCCUCGGGCUGGCACCUGCUGCCACCCAGGAAGAGAGCCCCCGGGCCGUUCCCCUGCCCAGGAGAGGAGGAGGAGGACCCUGGCCUUGCCGGACACACGGCGGUCAGCUGCCUGAAGUCAAGUGCGCUUCAGUGUCUGCACGUUAGAAACGAGUACAAAGUAAGCCCAGAAAAACGAGCUCUUUAAUUACAGGUGACCCAUCAAAAAAUAAAUACUAACGUCUAAUAUUUACACUCAA